AUGACACUAUUGGAGAACGUGGGGCUAUCGGAAUCGGUGGAUGAUUUUUUGGCGUGGUCGGGAAAGGGUCAUGGAUUGUUUACGGCUAAAGCCUGCAGGUUGACACUUUCUUCUAACUCAGGGGGCAGUCUCACUUGGAAGAAAUUCGUUUGGUCAGGUUUGGCCCCACCGAGAGUCGAAACUUUCCUAUGGCAGGUUUCCCAUCGAAGACUGGCAGUCAGAUCGGAGCUGAUAAAAAGGGGUGUUACGUUGGAGGAGGUGUCUUGCCCGUUAUGUGCUAAGCAAGAGGAAACAGUUCAGCAUUUGUUUAUCUCGUGUCAGGUUGCAUGGGAUUUAUGGAGCAGUUUCUGGAGGUUAUGGGGAGUUUCGGCAGUUUUACCUAAUGAUCCAGCCUCUCUGUUGUGUUCCUGGUCGGACUUAAGGCCAAAGUCAUUAAUAUGGUCCUUUAUACCGGGGGUAGUUCUUUGGUCAUUAUGGAAGGCUAGAAAUUCGGUGGUUUUUGAUGAUGGGAAACUGGACAAACCUAAUCUUUUCUUCAUUUGCAGAUUUAGGUUGGUUAAGUGGUUCCUUGCUAAAUACCCAAAUGAUUUCAUUCAGGUUGAUUCUCUUGUUGGAGACCCGUCGCUUGCAGACAAGCACCAGACAAGCCACCAUAAAAGGGUGAAGGUUCAGGAAUGGCUUCCUCCUCCACUACAUUUUUUCAAAGAUUGA